GCUGUUUCAUAAAGUAGCCUCUGUCUCUCUGCGCAGUUACCCGCCCUGUUUGAUGCUCCUGAACGGAUCAGUCUGCUACGUCACUCCUCCUCCUACCCCCCAGAAUGGACAACUCAGAGUCCAGUACAUCAUCAGGGCCCCUGGCAGUCCUAGACAGGGGCACUGCACAACCCUCAGCGCCCUCUGGUCAGCUGUCUGAGCCACCCAGGCCUUCCAAGCACAGGGAGCACCUGUCCAAGUCACCAAGGAGACGUAGGAAGGGGACCAAGUUGCAGCGGCGGGGGGGUGAUCAUGAACAGCUGCUCUGGGAGAUCGAGCGACGGAGGUUGCCAGGCCAACACGAGCACUUGGAGCCCUCUGGCUCAGCGAGCGACACAGCAGAAAGCUCUCCUAAGAGGAGAGCACACUUUCUUCAUGGACCGUACCCAGCCACUCACUUCGGACCCAAAGCCUGUAUUCUUCCCAACCCAACUUCAGUCAUGCACAUUCAGGAUCCAGCCAGCCAGCGGCUCACCUGGAAUAAACCUCCUGUCAAUGUACUCGUCAUCAGGAAGAUCCGAGAUGAAAGCCUCGUCGAGCCUUUCAAAGAGCUCUGCAGGUUUCUAGUGGAGGAGAAGCAGAUGAUGGUGUACGUGGAGCGCAGGGUGGCAGACGAUGCUACGCUGUCGAAGGACGAGGCGUUCGGCUCCAUCCGCAAUCAGCUCUGCACCUUCAGAGAGUGAUAUGAUGAUAUCUCUGACUGCAUAGACCUGAUCAUCUGUCUCGGGGGAGAUGGGACUCUGCUGUAUGCCUCCUCUCUGUUCCAGGGCAGUGUCCCUCCUGUCAUGGCGUUUCACCUCGGCUCUCUGGGUUUCCUGACUCCUUUCAAAUUUGAGUCCUACAAAACUGAAGUGGCCAAGGUGUUUGAAGGCAAUGCAGCCAUCACUUUACGCAGUCGCCUGAAGGUGAAGGUGGUGAAGGACAUGCUUCAGAGGGAAGGCCAGGAGCAGCAGCAGCAGCAGCAGCAGGAUCACAAUGGACUCCUUCCUCAUGGACUCACAAACAGCGAGGCUGGGAAGGUCACCCUGCAGCUACAGGUGUUAAAUGAGGUGGUGGUGGACCGAGGCCCGUCCUCCUACCUGUCUAAUGUGGACCUGUACCUGGAUGGACGACUCAUCACCUCCGUUCAGGGAGACGGUGUCAUCGUGUCCACACCCACAGGCAGCACGGCGUACGCAGCUGCAGCAGGAGCCUCCAUGAUCCACCCCAACGUACCCGCCAUCAUGGUCACCCCCAUCUGCCCGCACUCGCUCUCCUUCAGGCCCAUUGUUGUCCCCGCUGGAGUGGAGCUCAUGAUCACCCUGUCCCCUGAUGCCAGAAACACCGCCUGGGUGUCGUUUGACGGCAGGAAGAGACAGGAGAUCCAACAUGGAGACUGUAUAAAGAUCACCACAUCCUGUUACCCAGUGCCCUCCAUCUGUUGCCACGACCUGGUGUAUGACUGGUUCGAGAGCCUGGCUCAGUGUUUGCACUGGAACGUUCGCAAGAGGCAGGCGCGACUGGCCGACGUCUCGGACUCAUCAGAUACAGAAAACUGAAAGAUGAACUUUAAGGCUCUUUCCAGCAGCCAGGUCAACCUGCAGUCAUGUUCACAACACAACCCACAGGCUGAAAACUAGAGCAUGUUUGUCUCACGAUAAGACAGUGUUACAUUAUCAUCAUGGGGAGCAUGUGCAGAGUGUAUAUUGAACCUGAGAGAGCCUCUCAUUACAUUCCAUUACUGAGAACACACUGUCAUUCAUGUGUCGCUUACAGGGAGAAUGCAUGUGCCUCACGUAGAAAUGAAAACAGCUGCAGUCACUUAAAUCAAUUCAGUUUGAAAUAAUGUGAAAGAUUAUUUCGACUUGAAGCACUUAAUCAUCUCUGUGGUGAUCAGUGUGUAAGCUUUAGGCCUCUCUGGCGUACUUUGCAAUAGGUAGGAAGACUGUAAGUGUGAGAUGUGUACAUACAGAAUGCUAGGAUGAAUUUAUUUAACGCCAUAUUUAUGUGAUAUUUAUAUAUUUUCAUUAUAUAGGCUUUGUAAGACUCAAAGUGUGUUUCUAAGUCAGCCAAAGACUUCUGUGCUGUAUGAGUGUUCUGUAACAUCAUCCAGAGCAAACUUAAUGUGACUCCUUACAGACGCUGUGAGGAAUUUUAUUUAUUUUCAAGAUGUUUUUCUCUUUUUUUGUCGAGUUGUAGCUUCAUGUCAGAUGGCAUGAUGUGAAACAAAACCAAAUAGAAAGAGUUGGAAAAAGCUUUCAUGAAACGUGUUAUUUUUCAUUGUCAUUAAAAAGCUGUUGAAAUGAUUCUUCAUA